GAUUAUUAUAUGAAAUAGGUAAGAUUUAAAUCGAUUAACUUUGCCCACCCCUAUAACAUUAUGUCAAAAUCAGUAAAACGUCAAAUGAAAUUUGAAAAUGAACGAACCGAACUUCUGUUUUCAAAGUUAAUAGGUGGUUAAUAGCAAAGAUUACAAUAAUAGCUUUCUUUAAGUUAAGUUUUAAGUUUGUACUGAUAAAGAAUUAAGUAAGAUUAGUAGGUUUGUUGACGAAUCUAAGUUGUUAAGAUGGAUUACUCAACGAUAAGCAAUAAAACAAACUGUACAGAGAUGGAGGAGAUAACAAAUGGAGAACUCAGUGAGCGAUACUAUUUACUGAAAAAGCAAUUCGAAAACUUAUCCCACAGUUACGAUAUCAUAAAACAGGAGUUGCAUGAUACUAAAAGGAGUUAUCAGACAGCUUUAGACGUUCAGAGUCAUUUAAAUGCCGAGCUCGAGAGCUAUCAGGCAGAUGAGGAGAGAAGGAAAAACGAUGCAGCGUCUCGGAUUGCGUCGUUGCAAGAGGAGAUAACUAUGUUGCGCGAAGAACGAAUGGAGUUGACAGAAAAACAUACUGUAGAGUUGAAGAAAUACGAGUCUGAAGUUCGUCGAUUGAAAGAGGAGAAUUCUUGCAUACAGCGUGUUAGUCCAGUGCGUGAUUCGUCGGAGCUGGAGGAAGCGCGCGCCGCUGUGAAUUCUGCUUUGUCUGAUGCUGAGUCAGCGAAGGCUGCCUUAGAGGAGGCUAGAGCUGAAGUGUUGUCUUGGCGGGUGAAGGCUGAAGAGUUGGUGUCGGAAAUGGCAGAGAUACGAACAGCUGCAGAGCUCCGUAGAGAGGAGUUGAGGGCGGCAGGGGAAAGGGAAGCAGUAGCCCUAGCAGAUUUGGCUGAAGCCAGAGCUAUGCUGCAUCAGUACACAAGUGUUCAAGACUUGGAGCCUCAUGCUGCCAAAGGAAACUCAUUAUUUGCUGAAGUAGAAGAUAAAAGGCAAGAGAUGGCAAAAAACCUUAUUCAAAUGAAACAAACUAAUUCACGGUUGAGACGAGAGCUGGCUAAUAAGCAAGCAGAGCUAGAUGCCCUUCUUCACGAGAAGCAGGUUAUUUGGGAACAGCAGGCUGGAGCCACUGCUCAUUAUGAUCGUGAACUUAUAGAAAAUUAUGAAGACCGCAUUAGUCAGCUGGAAGGACUUUGUGAGAAACAAAGAAGGGAAUUGGCACGUUGGUUUAGUAAGCUUGGUGAGGUCACCACACACGGUUGGUUGCCUGGAGUCCUCGAUCAUUUGAGGUGAGUGAGAGUAGAUAAAGAGAGCUCUGUCUUUAUGUGUCAAUGAAACCAGUCACGUAUGAGUCUCAUUUCAACUGUAACUAUCACUGUUUAUGAGAAAUAGCCUGUUGAGAGAUAGAUAGCAGAGUUAUAGUCUAGUAAUAUGGUCUAAGUUACCUUAUUUUUUCUCUCUAAUUUUUCCAAUAAAAUAUAAAUAACUAAAGUCAAGUCGGAUUUUAGAACAUCACAUACAUUAA